CUGAACUGACUAACAGCGCCCUCACAUGGCUGCACCAAGGAGAGCACCUGCGUCAUCACACCGGAAGUCAACCCUUUAAGGUUACACUGCGCCUGCGCUUACUUCUCGUGUCUUCGACCUCUACUUCACGCCGACGGUGAAAUCUGAAUUAUCUCCAGCUCCUUUGGUUGACCUGACCACUACGUCCCUUCAUCAUGUAUGCCUGUGCUAAGUUCGUCUCCACGCCCUCUCUGGUCCGUGCUGGAUCUAGGGUUCUGUACAGACCACUCUCCGCAGCUGUAGUCUCAGAUGCCAGGAAAGCAGAGACUGCCUCUCUCCUGGCACCACAGAGUCUUGUAGCCUCCCAGCAGCAGGUGGCGCUGAGGGCAUUCCAGACCAGCGCCGUGAGCCGUGACAUCGACACCGCUGCGAAGUUCAUCGGAGCGGGAGCUGCCACAGUGGGAGUGGCCGGAUCCGGAGCUGGAAUCGGAACCGUGUUCGGUAGCCUUAUUAUCGGAUAUGCAAGGAACCCCUCUCUGAAGCAGCAGCUGUUCUCCUAUGCCAUCCUGGGCUUUGCUCUGUCUGAAGCUAUGGGUCUUUUCUGUCUGAUGGUUGCAUUCCUUAUCCUGUUUGCCAUGUAAACCAGGCAGGCCUUUGCAAAUGGAAGGUUUGUGAAGAGACAGAUGGUUCUAAGCAUUAGAAGUUUGAGAUGCCCUUGAAUUGUAGGAUAUGUCAGCUUAUGUGGUGCUUAUUCUUGUAUUGCUUGUAAGAUGUGAACCCACAGAGGUAUGGAACUCUGGCAAACACGAAUCAUUUUAAAUGAUGGCUUUGUCAUUAUAUUGUACAUUUAAGAAAAUGUUUUUGUUAACAAUUAUUCCACCAAAACACAAGUAAAAUGUUCAUUCUCCUUUA